UUUUGCUACGCAAUGUUUGCUUUCCCAUCUCGGUGACUGGCCGGCUACGUUUGAGCGCACACAUUUGGGCAAAAAGGCGAGGAGGAGAGGGCAACAAUGGGACUGUGUACGUUUGAGACGUGCUAGGUUAGCUAGCCUGGAGCUGGCCACUCAACUGCCACUCUUUUUACUCGCAACCUGCAGUCAUACUAACCAUUAUCGUCAAUCUAAUUUCACCUCUCAAUGCAUUCGUGCUCGAAGCAAAGGACUGAAUGAAAUCGGUUGUUUUCCCCCCAUGUAAUUUGAAGAUGCCCGGCUAGUUCUUGUGGCAACAUAUGUGAAUUUACGACCUUUUCCGUAUCAAAUCAGCUUCAUCACAUUUACACAGUCGUGCCCCCUUGCGUUUUAUGUGGUUAGAGUUGCUUCUGCUAUUCGUGUCAAGGCUUUAUUUAGCCAUAAUUAAGUUCUUUCCGCGUAUCGGUGCACAUGUUGGCCGCAGUGGUGUUGGGGACUAGGCGAGAUGGCUGUUUCAUCCACCUGCGAAAGCAAGUGUUAAAGGUGAUAACAAUAGGUUGACGUCACCGGGCAGCACAUCGGCCUCAGAGGAAGAGGAGUGAAGAUUUAGAAGGAGAGGUGGUUUGUGAUGAGCAGUCUUUUUUUCACCACAGCGACUAAUGGUUUGUGUCUGGACAGAAGAGGUCUGUCUCUGAUCAAAUUUCGGGUAUCCUAAGGGCGCACUUAACUAAUGGGAUCCUAUCGAUGUUUCUGCCCCCUCCGAGUCUGAUCUUUGCACGGUGGAAUGUUAAUGCUGCUGCUGUUGUUUUUUGGGGGCUGUACUGAGUCAUGGGCAUUAUUCCUAAGACUGGAGUAUGGCUGGAUAAUACAGAGGAAUGCUUUUCACAAGUGCUUGUGAAGAAGUCAUAAUUCUGGCGCCAUGACAACAACAGUACACAACUGAGCACUUGUGUGGGCCCAUAGUUCAACAGACUGAGGGCCUUUAGAGGACCAGAUGUUCCCAUGCAGACACUGAGUGUGAGGAGAAGCGUGUUCCCCAUGUUGCAUUAGUGUCUGUGUGAAAUGCUGGCCUGUCUGCCAGGGCCAGGUGACCUCCCCCUCCAGCUUCUCCCCCACACGCAGAUGAACACUGGACUUCAGAAAUGGGACACCACACAAAGGAUGAGAUCCACUCCGUUCCCAACCCCUGCAGAAUUGGAUGCCUAUGCUAAGAAAGUUGCCAACAACCCCCUCACCAUCAAAAUCUUCCCCAAUAGUGUCAAGGUCCCGCAACGGAAUCACGUCCGGCGUACCGUCAACGGACUGGAUACAUCGGGCCAGCGCUACAGCCCUUACCCGUCCUCUCAGGCCAACGCCAAGACUGGCCUCCUCGCCAUCGUCAAGGUACCCGCCGUCAAGGGCAUCCUGAAAGAUUUCGCUGGCAGCCGGGCUCGUCUGCACCCCGAAGUCAUCAUGAACCACCUGAGCGGACCUUACCAAGUGGCUUCGACCAGCACUUUAAACCACCCUCACCCGACUCUGCCCAACCUUCCAAGGCCUCAGCAGAGCUUAGCCCUGAGUGCCCAGGACGCACCUCAGAAUCUACAAAUGUCGCUGGCUCAGCAGCAGAGCCUCAGACACCCUCUUUCUAUGGCCCAGCAUUCUCAGGGCCUACCUAGACUGCAGACUGUCUCUCAGCACUCGAGCCUCGGCCACCCGCAGGUCCCCUCUUCUCUCCUGCUCCAGCAGCAGCACCUCCAGCAGCCGCCCGGUUCCCAGGAGAGCAGAAAGCUGCCGGAAGGCGACGCGCCGCCCAAUGUGACCGUCUCUACCUCAACCAUUCCACUCCCCAUGGCCACGGGGCUGCACCACAGCCGCCAGCCGGACCUGAGCACCAUCGUUCACCAGAUCAACCAAUUCUGCCAGGCUCGGGCCCAAGGCGCCGGAUCGGCCUCCGUGUGUGAGGGUCAGAUCGCCAACCCAAGCCCCAUCAGUCGCAACCUGCUCAUCAGCGCUUGCUCCAGAGUAUCCACGCACAACAACCCCACCGUCGCCGGUGGUUUCCAGCCGCACAACUGCAUCCUCGGCCCUCAAGAAAAAGCAACUAUCCCGGUGGGAGCCCACCCUUUACCUAGCGUGACCAUGAACCACUUGCCUUCCAACCACACGGAUCUCAAGCAGCCGCAGCACCCUCAACAGCAUCUGCACCUAAAACCCAAUCAGCAGUUGCAACACAAGAUGCGCUCUUGGAAUCAGCACCAGUUGAGUCACGUGCCACAUAUUCCGAACGGUUGCAAGCAGCCCGGCAGGGAAGCCGCCUUCCACUUUAAAGGAAUGGGUUACCCUGCGGACAUGUGCGCGGGGCAGCCGUACAUGCUGAAGCCCCCUCUGGAGAAACCCACUCCCUCACCACCCGUCAACAAUAACGGCAUGACGGGCCCCGUGGCCCAUUACCCAAACGGUCACUACUUCCAAUCGCACGUUUGGAACAGCGGCAUCCUCCCAACGCCCAACAGCGACAGCUCCGGCUCUCAGGACGUAGCCAUGCCAUUCCACGGGGCAGGCCCAGGGGCUUGCGCCGCACUCGACUGCGGGCCCCCGGGGGCUCCCCAUUACAGGCUACUGGCCAGCUCCUCUGCCCAGACUAAUCUGAUGCAAACCGCAGAUUACAUGGGCGGGGACUUCCAGACGCCCUAUUUCCGCGAUCAGAAUCUGGGGUUAAUAGGCAAGAUGCACAGGCCCCCUGUGAGCGGGGUGGGGCCGGAGCUCGGGGAUGGUAGGGGCGCUCUCGUCCAGCAUCCAGGGUACAGAUAAGCUAUGGCCUUGUCUCCACAAGUUAUCAAUCCCCUCCCCCUUUUGUUUAGUCUUAAGAAAACACAUAACUUGACAAAACUCCAGAUCUUAAAGAGGGUAAAUGAAUAUAUUUAAUUCAUGAAGAACAGUAGGUUUUUUUUGUUUUUGUUUUUGACAAAUCUUGCAAGUGAUCAAUUCUUUUUUUUCUUUUUUUUUUGGUUAGUGAAUGCUUCUACCGGAACAUUUAGGAUUCAUGUUCCAAAGCGUGUCGACGCGUCUACUGUGUGUCAUUCCUGCUUUUUGCGCCGCCAUACAUGUGUGUGCCUGGAUCGCCACAGAUCCUGUGUUAUUUCCACUUCACACGUUUGUAAAGGUUUGUCAAAGGCAAAUAAAAAGUGGAUUCCUCGACGAAAAAAGCGACGGCAUCUAUUGUCGGAUGUGCCGCGAGGAACUCCUGGCUCCGACUUGUCGUAUUAGACAAGGAAAGACAUUUUUUUUUUUUCGCGUGUAGUAAUCUUGUUUGAGGAGCGUGUGAGUGUAUGUACGCAGAGCUUUUACUAUUUUCAGAUGUAAUUAUUUAUUUGUAUAAUAGGACUAUUGAAACUUGAUUCCUUGCUGUCGCAUAAAAACUAACGCAAUCAGGUUGUUUGUACAUAGCAAGGACCCAGCAGGGAGACUACAUGUUGCCAUGGCGAUCUGCUCUGCCCGCUUCAAAUGCUGCAACGAAUUCAGGUGUUUUAAAAUCUUCGCGGCCAGGCCAGGAAGGCUUCGGUUACGAGGUUGUGAAAAGUUUGGAGCGGAAAGGUCAGAAGCGUUAAAGAUGGCCCGAGUCAAACACUGACUUUCUACAGCACUCAACAUGAAUUACGACAGCCGAGGACAGUGAGGAAGUCGAGUCGGAUUUAAAAGCUUCCGUUCCGAAGCCGUUGAUGUUGAGCGCUGCGUUGGGGAGACGUGCCAUUUUCUUUUAAUAAGCAUUUUUCCAGAGCCAUGACAAAUGUAUUACUUGAAUGUGGAGGUGAUUUGUGUAAAAGGCGAUACAAUAGAUGUGAGUACAUAGUGUUACUAAUGUCACGCGGGAUCCGACUAAGUACGGUUCGUUCCCGAGUGUAAGUGUGGUUGCUACUGAUUCUGAUGUGAAGACCAAAUUGAUCACUUGCAAGAUACGGACACGGACAGAAACAAAGCGGACUUUUUAUGAACAGCAAACGCAUUGUUUUAUUUUAUUGUACACUGGCUUAUCUACUAGACUACUGUAACAUUUAAACUUUAAUGAUUGUGUGAGUGUUGCCGCAUCGCGUGCCUAGGUGCGCAUGUGUGUGUGGUCACAAUGGAGCCCUUUUUUUUGUUUAUUAUUAACUGGCCAACCCCUAAAAAGCCUUAAUUGUUUGGUCCAUGGACUUUCCUCGAGCAUGGUUUUAAUGAAAACCCCAAAUAAUAAGAAGGAAGAUGGUAAGAAUACACAGACACAGCAUUUUUUUGUGUUCUUUUUCCCCUCCUGGUCUUAGUUUAAUUAAUUUUAUUGACUAGACAGAGCAAUUCCUUAGAGAUUUGUUAUGAGAAGCAAGAAAAGGAGUGAUAUGUUAAUUAUACAGUAUAAUUUAGCAAUGUGUAGUUGCUGAGCUGUAAUCCCCGCCCCCACGUAUUAAAGCUUCAGUUUGGCAGUUGACUUGGGCCUGGGCGAUGUAUCAAUUCAUGAAUUGGUUCGAGUGAUGUGAAUGAUUCAAGACAAAAAAUUGCCAAAAAUAAAAUCUAACAAGCAGGUAUUGAAUAGAUUAUUCCACGAGUACCAGUUUGUUUUUUUUGUGUAGUUUUUAGUUUGUAUUUGUGGGCUUAUGGCACAAAUACGGAGGGAAAGCAAAAAGACAGAAGUCUGCUCUUUAUUUAAAUGACUUUUGUGUGACAUUUAACUUAAAAAAAAUUUUUUUUUUUUUUUAACCCUUUACAGGUCCUCAUACAGACCUCUUGUCUACUUAAGGGUAUCACAUUUUGGGUCCUGCAGACCAGUGAUCCUCAACCUUUUUUGCAACAAGGAAAGUGUGAUCCAUUUUUUCACGGACCGGCAGAAAAAUACAGUAAAUUUAACGAAACGGGGCGAAAAAAGAACGUUCAGUGUGGUCAUACACUUAAUAAUGUAUUGAUGGGGCGCGGGGCCAAUAAAUAGUGGGCCUGCAUGUUGGCGAGAUAGUCAAAGCUGACGGAGUGGAAUCACAGCAAAGAGCUUUUUUAGUUGAAAAUUCUUGUGAAUAAAUGCUUAAAUCCCCAAAUUCUUUAUAGAUAUGGACAUAAAACAGUCUCGAUUUUUGGUUAAAAGCAAAAAACAGUGCAGUAAACAUUUAUUUUACGUAAAUUUGUUGAAGUACAAUGCUAGUCUGUCAGUGAACGUAGCUAGCAGCCGCCUGAUGUAAACAGCUUUUCAGGUGAAAAUUCUUGUGAAUAAAUGCUUAAAUCCCCGAAUUCUUUAACGAAAUGGAUGUAAAACAGUACCGAUUCUUGGUUAAAAGCAAUUAAAAAAACGUGCAAUAAGCACUUAUUUUACGUAAAUAUGUCGAAGUACAAUGCUAGUCUGUCAGUGAAUGUAGCUAGCGGCCACCUGAUGUAAACAGAGCAUUUCCGGUGGAAAUUCUUGUGAAUAAAUGCUUAAAUCCCCGAAUUCUUUAUUGAUAUGGACGUAAAACAGUCUCGAUUCUUGAUUAAAAGCAAAAAAAUGUGCAGUAAGCAUUUAUUUUACGUAAAUAUGUCGAAGUAUAAUGCUAGUCUGUUAGCGAAUGUAGCUAGCGGCCGCCAGAUGUAAACAGAUCUUUUCCGUUUAAAAUUCUUGUGAAUAAAUGCUUAAAUCUCCGAAUUCUUCAUAGAUAUGGACGUAAAACAAUCUCGAUUAUUGGUUUAAAGCAAAAAAAAGUGCCAUGCAUGGUGCCAGAAAUAUAAUAAUUACCUUGAAUCCUCGAACAAAUCACUCCUGAGACAAUCCUUCCUGUUUGUAUGCAGUACAGCUUUCGUACUUUUAUCCUAAAUCCAGCGUUGAAUGCUGCAUGUGUCGCUGCAACCGACUGUGAAUAACCGAAGCAGAUUGUGGGAUGCCUGGCUCCCUACUUGAAGGCGUUGCGCAGUGGCUGGCGGAAUUGACCCGUCAAUAGAAUUAUGAAGUCUAUGGUGCAGUGAAAAUUUACAGUGUAUCACAAAAGUCCGUACACCCCUCGCAUUUCUGCAGAUAUUUAAGUACAUCUGUUCAUGGGACAACACUGACAAA